AAUUUGGAGGUGUUUGCAUGCAAGUUGUGGAAAAGUGAGGUUAGGGAGUGGCAGCUCAUGGGAAAAAAGUGAUUUUUAAGUGUUUUUCUGCACUUCCUGAGGGGUGUAAACAAUGCCAGUGUACGAGCUGUUUAUGAUUUUGAGGCAGAUGUCUCGGCCGGAAGUUGUUUCGGGUGUUAAAAGAGCUGCAGAGAUCAUCCUGGACAGAGGAGGUGUGAUCAGAUCGAUAAACAACAUGGGAACAAUGGAUCUACCCUAUAAAAUCAGUUCUCAAGGGAUUGUCCAUCGCAUAGGGACGUACUUUACCGUGGAAUUCAGUGUCCCGCCUACGCAGCUGGAAGACAUCGAUGAGGAGUACAGCAGAGAUGUUGACAUCAUCCGGAGGGGGAUAUUCAAGGUUGAAGAUGAAUUGACUGUGCCCAAGGAGAGACAAUGUACCCUCCAUGAAGAAUUACUCCCGCCUGCCUAUCGAAAGGACGUUCAGGAGAUGAUUGCAAUUGCCAAUAAGAAGAAAAAGCCCAAGUUCAAGUACAAUUCCGGCCUGGAUUACUAUCCCUUCUCCAAAUAGACACAAAAUCCAUUGUAAAUUGUUCAAUAUAGAAUUUUAUUAAUACAA